CUCAAAGCUGGGGGUGUCGGUGUGGCGGAGGGCGCGCGCCGCUCAAUGUUGUCGCGCAUGCGUCGGCCCCGCACCAGCCCCCACGGCGCACAAAGCCACGGCACCGCGAUGCCAGGCGUCGAGCGCUCGCCACGCUAGCGACCGCGACUGCUGCCACCUCAGCCCACACAAAAUAUGUGAUAGCAGUGCAUGUGACAACCUAACUGUAGUGUUUCUUUUCACAAUACUUAACUUCCGCUAACAUGUACAAGACGGUGCGCCAUGGCGAGAACAGCCUGCAGUACACCAUCCUGCCGCAAACUGAGGAGGUGCUCAACAACAGCGGUAUUAAAGGCAAAGGCCGUGAUUACAGCCCCUCGAUCCACGUUCGACACUCUCGGAAAAGAUCGUCAGUGAAAUACAUUCUGCUUGUGAUAUUUGGUAUAAUAGUAGCGUUGGCGUUGGCAUCAAUUCCACUUUAUGUUAUGAAUGGAGCGCUUUACGCUCGCAGGAGCCACCAGGACGUGAUUACGUCUUCUCCUCAUACGCCGGGCGGAAGGGAAAUUGUGAAGUCGCGCAAAAAGGACCUAAAAGAUAUAUCACCAGAACUGCUUUCAACUCUAAUAUCAAAACUUGAAACGACAUCGACUACUGCGUCUCCUACUACUGCACCCACAACGGUUGCGACAACUAUUGUCAGUGAAAGUGCUACGACGCCUCCCUGGACUAUGCCCGCUAUAAGGUCGUGGAAAAGCUCGACAUCUACUACAACAAUUCCUCCAAUUCCGACUGAAGAUAACGAGGAAAUUCCCCUCAUAGGCACCCCCUCUGGUAGCAUUCGACGUCUAGAUCAGUACAUGUCGAACAAACCGUGGGGCACAAAUAGUAAUAAUGUUAUACCACUAAAACCUACUGUAACACCUGAACCAACAGUGCGGAAUGUGUAUAGAUACUACUCUCGGUCAUUCGUUCCGUCAGUUAAAACAGCAACUGAUCCUCCAAAAGUGUUUGAGGAUGUGCUAAUUACUACGAAAAGAACUACGACGCGUCCUCCUAUGACAACUGAGAUCACGACCACCAGUGACAGCUCUAGAAUGAGUGAAUGGAAGGAUACUCUGCUGUCUGUCGAUGAUGACGAGACUUUUAAGUCGCUGGAAGUGGAUGAGGUGUUCUCCCUCCCGCCGCUGAAGCCGGACCCUGCGUCCGACGGCGACGAGGUGACGGUGUCCAAGGCGGGCGACGGAACGUGGUACGGGGCCCGGUGGCCUUUCGUGGAUACGUCAUCAUACUUUCAAUGGACGGGCUACUCCCCCGGCGACAACCUGCUGCUGCCGCUGUUGGUCGCGGCGCUCUCGUCGAUCGCGCUAGUCUUGUUGCUGGCGCUGGCCGUGCGUAAACGGAAGCGGAGCCACAACGCCGCGGCGAUUGGGCUGACCUCAGACCUGCAGGCAGACGACAAUACAAACCUGCUCACUGCUGAAAACCCGGAGGACGCCGAGGAGUGAGCUCCAAGUCACCACGCUUCAAGCUUCUUCGAUCCAUCCUAGAAUGCUUCUGUACAUAUCGUGGGCAUGGGCGGGUCACCGCAAAUAAUUAACAGGUUCACUGUCCAGCCCCUAUACUACAUUAUUGAUCACGCACAGGCCUUAUCAAGACAAAACAUAAAGUUAACGGGACAGUGAACGUGUUAAGGCGUACUUAUUCGAACGAAAGAAGUGGGUUGCGGUUACCUAUAGGUUGAUAGCCCAGAAUAUCUGCACUGCAUAGCAAGAGCAAAAUUUUUCAGACUUUUUCGUGUAUAGUCAAAUUGUAAGAAACACUCUUGCUGAGUGCAAGUAUCUAUGAUGUUAUCCAUAGGUAGAACAGCACGAAUA